CGGGUUGCAAUCGGAAGUGAUUUAAUUCCAGACCCGUUCCAGGAGGCCCGAAAGAAUCGGGGAAUUUCUAUGGAAGAGAUGUCAGGAGAAAGUGUGGUGAGCUCGGCUGUGCCGGCAGCUACAACACGGACCACUUCCUUCAAGGGGUCCAGUCCCAGCUCCAAAUAUGUGAAGUUGAAUGUUGGGGGAGCGCUGUACUACACCACCAUGCAGACCCUAACCAAGCAGGACACCAUGCUGAAGGCCAUGUUCAGUGGCCGUAUGGAGGUCCUCACAGAUAGUGAAGGCUGGAUUUUGAUUGACAGAUGUGGGAAGCACUUUGGGACCAUCCUGAACUACCUGAGGGAUGGGGUCGUCCCGCUACCCGAGAGCAGGAGGGAGACGGAGGAGUUGCUGGCAGAGGCAAAGUAUUACCUGGUGCAGGGGCUGGUGGAUGAGUGUCAGGCAGCAUUACAGAACAAAGAUGCGUAUGAACCAUUCUGUAAAGUUCCAUUGGUUACAUCAUCUAAGGAGGAGCAGAGACUCAUUUCCACCGCCAAUAAGCCCACAGUCAAACUGCUUUACAACAGGAGCAAUAAUAAAUAUUCAUAUACAAGCAACUCUGAUGACAACAUGUUGAAGAACAUUGAGCUUUUUGACAAGCUGUCUCUGAGAUUUAACGGCCGAGUGCUCUUCAUCAAAGAUGUGAUUGGCGAUGAAAUUUGUUGCUGGUCCUUUUACGGCCAGGGCAGGAAGAUCGCAGAGGUGUGUUGCACGUCAAUCGUCUACGCUACUGAGAAGAAGCAGACCAAGGUUGAGUUCCCAGAGGCUCGCAUCUAUGAAGAGACCCUCAACAUCUUGCUUUACGAGUCUCAAGAUGGCCGUGGGCCUGACAAUGCACUGCUGGAGGCCACAGGGGGCGCUGCAGGCCGUUCCCACCAUAUUGAUGAGGACGAAGAGAGAGAACGUAUUGAAAGGGUGCGGAGGAUCCACAUCAAGCGGCCUGAUGACCGUACUCACCACCACCAGUGACCCUGCAGUUUCUCCCCUUUUCAGUGCCUUAACACCCACCAGCGCUUCAGUUACGCCCCUUUAUUUGCACACGGACACGUCAGUUAAGAGUAAGACUGUUUAUACCGCAUUGAUUCUGCUUCCUUAGAGAGAGAAAAAGGGAUAUUCCAAGAAUAGCUAGUACUUAGUACCUCACUAGGUCACAUUGAAGUAUGGAUAUAGCAUUUAGGGCAGCAUGCUUCAGCUGUUGGUGUGGCAAAAGUUGGGCAUUGACGUUUAACAUCAGUUGUUCACUUUUGAGGACCUUACUAAAAAGGUAUGUGAUGGUUAUAGUGUGAACAAAAGUGUACAACAGAUGAAUAGUUUUACUGCAUUCCCUGAACAUUUAGCCCUAUUUGCUAUUUUUAGAGCAAAUUCCAAUAAAUAUAUCAAGUUGAUCAGUUAAAUUGCCAUUUAACUGUAGACUUGCAGCUAAUGAAUAGCAUUGGCGUUGCCAGGUCAUUUUUCCGGGGCUUCAGCCCCGAGUGUUUUGACUGGAGCCCCGAAUGUAAUUUUAAAUGUAGGCUACGCAAUAAUAUUGCUAAGCUCCCGCUAAGCCCCGAACCGCCUCAAGUCUUAAAAACGCCCCUGAUGAAUAGUAUAUUUGAAGUGCUUGCAUUUCCCCUUAUUUAGUGUUUCUGUUAUGUCCAUUUGAAUGGUGUGUCAUUAUUUACUGUAUUCUUUCUGUGUGAGUGAAGACUUUAGGAUUACUUGUUGCCUUAGGUAAAUACUGUGCUUUUGAGUGUUUCCAUGUGUAUUGUGUUAUAUCUGUUUGAUUUGUGUAGCUUUUGAAUUUAGUUUAUUUCUAGUUUUUUGUUUGUUAGAUGCGUUCUGAUUUGAGUUUUGCAAAGAUUCGUCAGUCUUGUCUGUGAAGAAGAGGACAUUUUUUUUUUUGCCUUAUUCUCAUAACUAAAUGCAGAACCUGAUUAAGAACUCCCACAUCAAUAUUUUUUACACAUUACAGGAGAGUGUCAUGAAUUUUUUUAAAAUCUGUCCUUAAUUUUAUUAUGCUUGCGCAGAAACAUUUUGCAAGAUUUAUUUGAUUAAUCUCAAAGGAUUAUUGACCUACAUGCUGGAUUUUUUGAGAGGUCUUGUUAAAUUACAUAUGCAAUUUAGCCAAUAGAGGGCAGUAAGGUGUUAUGGUGUCUACGCUCAUUUAUAUGAGGCACUUCAGUAUAAUCCAAACUCUUGUCACCGUGUUUCUUUCACCUAUUAGGCUAGUUUUAGUAAAAGUGAAGAGGAUUGUGUGAUUGAAAAUAUAUCCACUGCACUGUAUUCAGUUCUAUCAAGUUAAUAAAUCUUCUGAAUUUUGUAAGUGAACUGGCAUGGAAAGAAACAUGUAAUCAGAAGUGUUUGGAUGUAUGUGUGUAAUGGACAUCAAGUAUGGGAGUGUAAUAAGAGAUCUGACUGCAUCUAAGAAGCUCCAGGAAGUAUAGGAGUAAGAGCUCUCCUCUACUGCGGUGCGUAGUAUCACAUAUUACUUGUGCUUACAAGUUUUAUUAAAGGUGUAUUAAAAAAAAACGAUACUGAAUACGAAAUCUGUAAACUGUUUGUACAGAUGUGCACAUCAAAAUGUUUUACAUAGAAUUUAUUUAUACACGUUAUCACAAAUAAAGAUUUCUACAAAUUUAGACCAAA